AUGAAACAGAAGCACUGGUGUGGGAUGACUGCCAAAAUGGGCGCCGUGUUAUCGGGGGUCUUUACCAUCAUGGCCACCCAAAUGUACCUCAUCUUUGAACAGAAGUUCUUGGAAAAUGGCGAUUGUGCUGACAAUGAUCCCUGGGCCAAGAGUAUAGGGAACCUGAUAACUGGGCUCAUCGUCUGCUGGAGUUUGAAAAUUGUCUUCUUUCUGUCCGUCAUCACCAUCCUCAUCAGCUGCAUCCUUCUCUACUCGGUGUAUGCCCAGUUCUACAAGGGCUUGCUGCUCUACACCAUCUGGAUUCCUAUCUAUGAAGUGGUCAACAUUGUAGUACAGAUCCUGACGAACAGUGCCUCUGACAUUGCAGAGGUCAGGGCCAUACGCUGGUUUGGUUUGGUGUCACGCAUAUUAAUGCACUGUUUCUGGAUAUUCUUUGUCAUCAAGGAAGCCCACAUGAUCUACAAAAUCAAAACCCAGGGCAACAUACUUUCCUACCAAAGACGUGUUUCUAUGGUCAGCGGAGACUUCUCCCAGUGGAAAGCAAAGAAAAUCAACUUUCACCUCCACCACUAA